UAACCACAACGGUAUUAUGUUUAAGAUUUACAAAUCCGGAAGUUCAUGUUUCAAUCAUUUUAUAAUUAYAAUAGUUCUAGCCCUCCGUGCUAGCAAUACUUAGUAUUGUAAGAAUAUAAUUAUUGCAUAUUGCAUGUUUACAUUGCUCAUUUUAUUGAAGCGUCGGUCGUCAUUAUGUAGUUUUUCAUCAUACAUUUUAUUAAUAACAAUAUGAUCGGGGAUCUCAGUUAGUUAUGUUGUGGACUUGAAUUUUACCUGUGUAUUUUAAUGAAUUAUUUUCCCAAAAGUUAAUUAAAAAUGAACGGAUACAAAUUUUUUUUAUUUGGUUGCUUGUUUACAUCACUUACUUGGUCUCUAAGUUUGUAUAUGUAUUGGAAACUCAAUACCAGGCCUCAUAAUUACUCACAUGUACAACAGUUUCGAAAAGAGAAUACUUUUGAGUAUGUGAAAAAACAGAAAUCUAAAUACUUUAAGAAUCAUAUGGACAAAAAUGAUCUUAAUGAUCUAGGAAUCAUUAAAACUGAAGACGAUUUAGCUAUCAGGGAUAAAGGAUACAAAGAUCAUGGUUUCAAUGCUUUGGUUAGUUUAAGAUUAGGUAAUUAUCGUGAUACUUUACCUGACACUAGGCAUCAAUUAUGUUCAACGAUAAAGUAUGAUCAAAACUUGCCCAGCGCUAGUAUUAUAAUUUGUUUUUAUAAUGAACACCCACAAGCUCUUUUAGAGUACUUCAAUGAAAUUGGUCAAUAUGAUUCCGGAAUGAAUAUUUGGGGUGGAGAAAAUUUGGAGUUAUCAUUUCGAGUAUGGAUGUGUGGAGGCUCUCUUUACAUAGAACCAUGUUCACGUGUUGGACAUGUAUUUCGGCAGCAUCGACCAUACUCAGCUCCAAAUCACGAAGACACUAUGGCUAGAAAUUCUUUGCGACUUGCCAAUGUCUGGAUGGAUGAUUUUAAA